UAGUAUGUUAAUGUUACAACAAAAAAAACUUUAAUACUGCUGUGUUAUUUAAUUAAUUGACAUUCCAAUAAAAAAUGUCAAAAUUAUAUAAUUUACAAAAUAUAAUAAAAAGAUUAAUAACUAGUAAAAUAAACAAUCCAUUAUUUACAAUAAAUAAUUGUAAAAAUAAACAAAGUAUUAUUCAAUUAAAAAAAGGUUAUGUCGAUGAUUUAUCAAGUAAAACAUGUGAUGAUAAAAUAUAUCUAUGUUAUAAAUUAAUAAAUGAAUUUUUAAAAAAACCAAAUAUUAAUUUACCAUGGAUGAUUUAUCAUCAACGUUAUGAUAAAAAAUAUAAAAAUAAUAAUGACAAUUAUAAUUAUGAAUUAUUAUUUAGUGGAUUAGGUUUAGGUGUUGUAUUAUGCGAAGCUGCUAGUUUUACACAAGAAAAGAGAUUUUUUCAUGCUGCACAACAUGGAUCUGUUCAUGAUUUAAAAAAGGCAUUGAUUGAAGGUGUUAAUGUUAAUGCUCGUCAUGCGUUAGGAUGGACAGCAUUACAAUCAGCUGCAAUGAAUGGCCAAGUUGAAGCUAUGAAAUUUUUAAUAAAUAAUGGAGCUGAUGUUAAUGCUGGUGAUGAAUUUAGUAAUUUUGUUAAAAUAGCAAGGGAUAAAAAUUUAAGUUCACGUGAAUCUUUGUCAAUACGAGAAGAUGAAUUUUCAAAUCGUUUAAAUCAAAGAACUACCUUCAAAGGAUUUACAGCUUUGCAUUAUGCUGUACUAUCUGAUUCAAUUGAAUGUGUUAAAAUUCUUCUUGAUGCUGGUGCUGAUCCAACAAUUGAAAAUGAAGCUGGACAUCGUGCUGUUGAGUAUGCAACGUAUGCUGAUAUCAAAGAGCUAUUGACUCGUCAAGCAUUGAGAUAUGAUGAAUUACUCAAAGAAAAAGAAGCUGAAGAACGUAAAAGAUUUCCACUUGAACAAAGACUCAAGCAACGUAUUGUUGGUCAAGAAGGACCAAUAUCAAUUGUUGCAUCAACAAUUAAAAGAAAAGAAAAUGGCUGGUUUGAUGAAGAGCAUCCACUGGUAUUUUUAUUUCUUGGCUCAUCGGGUAUUGGAAAAACAGAAUUAGCUAAACAACUUGCUGGUUAUAUCCAUAAAAAUAAACCAGAUGGUUUUAUACGAUUGGAUAUGUCAGAGUAUCAAGAGAAACAUGAAGUUGCUAAAUUAAUUGGUGCACCACCAGGAUAUGUUGGUCAUGAUGAAGGAGGACAGCUGACAAAAUUAUUAAAAAAAUCACCAAAUGCUGUUGUAUUAUUUGAUGAAGUUGAUAAAGCACAUCCUGAUGUUUUAACUGUUCUUCUACAAUUAUUUGAUGAAGGUAGAAUUACUGAUGGUAAAGGAAAAACAAUACAAUGUAAAAAUGCCAUUUUUGUAAUGACAAGUAAUAUUGCUAGUGAAGAAAUUGCUGAUCAUGCAAUACAAUUGAGAGCUGAAGCUGAAAGAUUAUUAACACAACGUCUUGAUAAAAAUGCUGAUGAAGAUUCUAAACCAGAAGAUAUUGUUAUAUCACGUCAUUUUAAAGAUCAAGUGGUACGUCCAAUUCUUAAAAGACAAUUUAGAAGAGAUGAAUUUUUAGGAAGAAUAAAUGAAAUUGUUUAUUUUCUACCAUUUUCAAGAUCUGAAUUAAUAAAACUUGUAUCACUUGAACUUGAUGCAUGGGCUAAAAGAGCCAAAGAAAAACAUAAGAUUGAAUUAAUAUGGGAUCGUGAUGUAUUGUCAGCACUUGCUGAUGGUUAUGAUGUUCAUUAUGGAGCAAGAUCAAUAAAAUAUGAAGUUGAAAGACGAGUUGUUAAUCAACUUGCUGCAGCACAUGAACGUGGGCAACUUGGUGAAAAAUGUUGUGUUAAAUUAAAAGCAAAUUGGCAUGACAAUGGUGUUAGUAUUUGUCUUCUAGUUCGUCCAGCUGGUUAUAAGGAUUACGUUGAUAUCUCAGAGGCAGAUAAUAUUAAAAAAAAAGCCAAUUAACAUUUGUAAAAAAAAAUAUAUAACUUUAAGACAUUACACUUUUUUUUUUUUUUAAUUUUUUUGCUUAAAAAUAAUUAAUUAUCAGAUACUUUAUUUAAUGUUUUAAUAAAUAAAGUAGUUAAACAAUGUCUGGUAAUUUUGACAAAAUGUAUAUAGCGACAAUAAAUAAUUUAAUUUGAACUUUGAA